GCGGGCUCAGUGCAUAGUAUCCAUCGUGACAAAGGUAGCCGCGCUCUGGUUUGCACUAAUGCUCACAGCAAUGCAGAAUGAGAAUGACUUGCAAGCUGCGGCAAAAAUGUUAAAGCGUUGCGAGAGCCACACCCAUAACAUUUUCGACCGCCUCGUCACCAUGGACAUUCAAGCCAUGCAUUACCAGCCAGGGCCAUCCCCUCUACGAUGCUCGAACGUGGAAAGGCGUCUUGUGCGGCACCCUGUGAGCUCCUAUGUCACAACUUCCCAUAAGAGAAUGGAGAAUCUCCGAAGAGCACGUUAUAGGCAGCGCUCACACCAGUGCGACUACUGCAACAAGCUCUUCUUUCAAAAGAGCAACUUGGACGAUCACCUACGUAUCCACACCGGCGAGAAACCAUUCCGCUGUCACCUCUGCCCUAUGAGCUUUACACAAAAAUCAGGCAUGGUGCGGCACACACAAACGCAUACAGGCGUAAAGCCAUAUCAGUGUAGCUUUUGUCCAUUGACGUUCACACGCAAGCCGCACCGGCAGAAGCACAUGGAGAAGGUACACAUGUGGCAAGGCAUGGAUACUUCAUAGGGAUUGCAGGGAAGCUAAGCACCCUGCGAGCAAGGAGAAAUAGGAAAUUUUCACCUGUUAGAGCCAUCAAUGACGACUACUUUUGUUCUGCAGAGAGGUUGUGCAUGAGUUGUCAACUGCUGUAUGCUUUUUCCAAGGGUCAGCACUUCAGAAAUAAUUCAAAUUGCUACACAUACUAGCUCAUUAGUCUUCUACUAUUAGCUGUGUGUUACAUAUUUAUUGCUCCUUCACACAUUUAAGUUCACUGCAUUAGUGUUUCAGCCCUUUAUUUUUUCUACAUGUCCUUGUUGAUAAACUUUAUUAUUCUCAAAAUACCACUUAAAAGUGCAUUAUACGUUCAUUGCCUUAUUUUAACACUACAAAUGACGUGUUUGUUGAGGUUCCAUACGGAUUUAUGCAUUUAUUGACUUUAUGUGUCCUAUAAAGCCUGGUAUUGCGUUUUGAACUCGGCAUAUAGGGAAUGUGUUGGUUUCAAAACUCCACAGAAUUUAUUUCAAAAGUGAACGCUUUACCUUGCCUGCUUUAGAUGGCUUGUUUUGCGUUUAUGAAACAAUCCAUUGCAGCGUUACCAAAUUAACGUUUGCUUACUAGAUGGCACCUGUUACUGUAUAGCAGCCAAGAUAAAACGGGUGUUGUCUUCUCAGGGCAGCCUUAGUCUGCAAUUCUUUAUUCCAAAGAAAUUCCAUAAAGGCAAAAGUUAUGUCUUUUUUUGGCUCUUGAACUAUAUUGUGUUGUCACAUGAGUGCUUUUACUGUCCUUAAUGUAGCACGGUAAGCCUUGGGUCCCAUGGACUUCGUUAAAUUGAGGUCUAAGUGUAUAUGUAUAUACGUAUACAAGAAUGGUGGUCCUUUUUGUUGCACUGUAUGUAAGCUGUUCUCACUGGUGUAAUUCUUUAGGACUUGCCAUAUGUAAGAAGUGAGCAAAUAAAGCAAUUUUCGAACUUGA